AUGGCGUCGAAUCUUACAGUUUUGUGUAUCGAUAAAAUAUUCGAAAACCUUAAAACCGACUACAAAACAUUACAUUCGUGCAUCUUUGUAAAUAGCAACUGGUGUCGACAAGGAAUUCCUUUCUUAUGGUAUAAUCCAUUUCAAACAGCGAUAAACCCUGCGUUAUUGAUUAACACACUAUUUCUAUGUCUUCCGAAAAUUGAAAAACAAAAAUACGGCCUAACAUCAAAGAAUAAUGAUACUUCAACAUCAGUUUCUUCCUACGACCAAGAUAACGAUGACACUUUGAAGCCGAUGUUUCCGUAUGAUUCGUUGAUUAAGAAGUUUUCAUUGAGUGAUUUGUUUGUUGCGAUAAAUGAAUGGUGUUCACCUGUGCCACAUAAAAGAACUUCACGGAAAUUGCUCAAGACAUUUUGUCAACAUUUAAUUGAAGCAGCAAAAUUUGAGGAAUUAGAAUUGGAUUUUGAUAGACUCGAGUUUUUUAAUAAUGACGAAUGGGAUGGUGACAGUGAAGAAUGGGAUAUACUUCGAUGGUCGUGUGCAAAAAAUUCUUGUUCAAAUCUGCAACGAUUGCAAAUAUCUGGUGAAUAUCCCGCAGGAAUACUUUAUUCAGCAACACAAUUAUGUAGUAAUCUAGAAGCUAUAAGUGUAACUUUAAAUCCAAGCUCACACUCUAUCGCUAUAUCCCCAAUCUUGCCUGAUAACAAAGUAUUCGAACGAAUCGAUUAUUUGAUUGCACUAAUCGCAGCUCAAUUCUCGUUAACCAGUAUCACAAUUUCGAAAUAUCAUGAUUGGGAAUCGCCACAAGACUUACAAGGUUUAUUUGAUGUUCUCGUUCUUCAUUCUUCAUUCCUAAGAUAUAUUGAAUUCUGUGAAAUUAAUUUGUCAGAACAAUAUAUGAUUUUGGAUAUUUUGUCGAUCCAUCAGCAAUUGGAACAAAUUGUUUUUAGGGAUUGUCUAUUAUUCAAUUCUGAUUAUUAUCCAAAGUUACCGAUUGAAUCUUUCUCAAAGUUACUUGUGCUGGAAUUCAGGGAUACAUUUGUCGCAAAGAGUGUCAUCAGUUUGUUAAUGCUUCAUUCCGCCUCGUCUUUACGAGAAUUAAUUCUGGUUGGAUCAGUUCCAUUUGACACCAUCGAAUUCUUGCAAGAUUAUGCAUCCAAUAACCCAAAUAUUGAAAAAUUUGAAGUCUAUUUGUUAUCAGAUCAAUUGCCGUCGAUUUUACAUGUUAUUGAAAUUUGGAAACACAUGAAAUCUUUGACAUUUCACAUUCAUUUCUUGAUGGAAACUAAAGCCGAGAUUCCGAUUCUAAAGUUCCCAAAUUCCACUUGUAUUUCUGAUAACCAUUUGGAAUUGAUUCUCGAGUAUGGAUUUGUGGAGUAUUUGGACAUAAGUAGCGCAAGAUUUGUCACGAAAAAUGGGAUUGAGAAUGCGAGAAAAAAUUUCCAUGUUGUAUUUCAUGAAUAG